CAGCCCAGCCGCUCCGCGAGGACCCCUCGCGGCCAAGAUGGCGGCGCCCACGGGGCAGGCGCGUCGCUUGCUCGGGCUGGCGGCGACCCUGGGCUCGGGCUCCCGUGGCUACCGGGCACCGCCGCCCCCGCGUCGCUCAUCAAGACCGUGGUGGCCGGACCCAGACGACCCGCUGACUCCGCAAUGGCAGCUGGGGCCCCGCUAUGCCGCCAAGCAGUUCGCGCGCCACGGCGCCGCCUCCGGGGUGGAUCCCGGCUCGCUGUGGCCGGCGCCCGCGCAGCUGAGCGAGCUGGAGGCGGAGGAGCGCGAAUGGUACCCAAGCCUGGCGGCCAUGCAGGACUCGCUGCGAGUCCAGCGGCUGGAGGAAGAGCGGAAGCGUCAGGCCAGGGAGGCGCUCAUCGCCGAGCGCAUGGCCAAGAUGCCACAAAUGAUUGAGAACUGGCGGCGGCAGCAGCAGGAGCGCAGGGAGAAGGCAGAGGCCGACAAGGAGCGGAGGGUGCGGCUGCAGGCAGAGGCCCAGGAGCGCCUGGGCUACCAUGUAGACCCCCGCAGCACCCGCUUCCAGGAGCUGCUGCAGGACAUGGAGAAGGAACAGCGCAAGCGCCUCAAGGAGGAGAAACAAAGGCAGAAGAAAGAGGCGAGGAUGGCCGCGCUGGGCAUGGGCACUGCCUCUGAGCCAGCAGCCUCCGGGACCUCCAGCUCCUGACCUGUCCCUCCCGCCCAAUAAAACCUGUCCACUGAG